AUGAGUUGCUCAGGACGGGCUGGUCAAGUCAUAUUUUGCCUCCUGAUAUUGAUGUUGUAUUGUCAACUAACUGUGUCACAAUUAUGCCCCAAAGAUGAAAGCUAUGCUUUACUCCAACUUAAGGAUGGAUUUGAGUAUGAUGAAUCCGCUUCGUUGGAUUGCAGCCCUCCUUAUCCUAGGAUGGCCUCAUGGAAAUCUGGAACAGAUUGCUGUUCGUGGGAUGGAGUCGCAUGCCAUGGGGUCACAGGUCAUGUGAUCGCUCUUGACCUUAGUUGCAGUGGUCUUAGAGGCAACCUCAGUUCCAACAGCAGUCUCUUUCACCUUUCACACCUUCGGAGACUCAACCUUGCUUUCAAUUAUUUUAACCGCUCCUCCAUUCCACCUGAGUUUGGUAUGUUUUCAAGUUUGACACACCUUAACCUUUCUAGCACAUGGUUCUCAGGUCAAGUCCCAACUGAAAUAUCUCACUUGUCCAAAUUGAUCUCUCUUGAUCUUUCUUUGAAUGAACCAUUGAUACUCGAAGCACCAGCCAUGAAAAUGAUUGUCCAAAACCUUACUCUAGUAAGAGAGAUUUUUCUUGAUUACAUAAACAUGUCUUCAGUUGAUCUUGGUUCCUUGAUGAACCUAUCUUCUUCAUUAACUUCUCUCAGCCUCAAUUUAUGUGGAUUGCAAGGACAAUUCCCGGAAAACAUUUUCCACCUACCAAACCUCCAGCUCCUGAGUUUAUUGUUGAAUAGCGAUCUAUACGGGCGUUUACCUGUGUCCAAUUGGAGCAGUUCCCUUGAACUGUUGAAGCUUGGCUCCACAAGUUUCUCAGGAGGAUUGCCAGAAAUAAUUGGCAAUCUUGACUCCAUCAAGGUGUUGGAUCUUGGAAACUGUGCUUUCUACGGAUCAGUUCCAGCUUCGCUUGGGAAUCUUCAACAGCUCAAUCAAUUAGAUCUUUCGAAUAACAACUGGACAGGGCAGAUCCCGGAUGUUUUCGGCAACCUCAGCAAACUAAACAGCCUAUCCCUUCAAGUCGGUAAUUUCAGUGGUAUGUUGCCAUCAUCUGUCUUUAACCUCACUGAACUCUUACGUUUAGACCUGUCUCAAAACCAACUAGAGGGAACUCUUCCUGAUCACAUAUGUGGCCUUGACAAUGUUACUUAUCUUGACCUAUCUUAUAACUUGCUCAGUGGCACAAUACCAUCUUGUUUGUUCGGUCUCCCAUCAUUGGUCUGGUUUAACCUUAAUAAUAACCACCUCACUGGAGAACUUGGUGAACAUUGGUCAAAGUCUUUGCUAGAAAUAAGACUGGAAAGUAACAAGAUAAAUGGUCUUAUUCCACCAUCAAUCUCUGAAUUGGUGAAUCUCACCAAUUUUGACGUUUCAUCAAACAACUUGAGUGGCAUUGUGGACUUAAACCUGUUUUCAAACAUGAAAAACCUUUGGGGACUUGAUCUUUCACACAACAGUCUGUCUGUCGUCACUAAUAAUAAUAGGAACUCAACCUGGCCCCAAUUCUACAAACUGGCAUUGUCGUCUUGCAACAUAAUUGAGUUCCCAGACUUCUUGAAAAUUCAAAAUCAGCUCAACUUUUUGUCUCUAUCCCACAAUAGAAUUCAUGGAGAAAUUCCCAAAUGGCUGUCAGCAAAGGGGAUGCAGUCUUUACAAUAUUUGGAUCUUUCUCACAACUUUCUGACCAUUGUAAACGAACUUCCACCCAGCUUACAAUAUCUUGACCUCACUUCCAACUUGCUUCAACAACCAUUUCCAAUUCUUCCACAAUCCAUGUACAUUCUUUUAAUAGCAAAUAAUAAACUCACUGGAGAAAUCCCACCUUGGAUUUGCAAUAUCACCACCUUCCAGAUCAUAAACUUAUCUAAUAAUAGUUUGAGUGGCAAUAUUCCACAGUGCUUGGGGAACUUCAGUACUGAACUAUCCGUGUUGAAUUUGAGGAGCAACAGCUUCCAUGGCACCAUUCCAGGAUCAUUUACAGAGGGAAAUAAAAUAAGAAGUCUUGAUUUGAAUGGCAAUGAGUUGGAAGGAUCGUUACCACUAUCCUUAGCUAAUUGCAAAAUGUUGGAAGUCCUCGAUCUGGGAAACAAUUACAUAAAUGAUAGUUUUCCCCUUUGGCUGCAAACUCUUCCGAAGCUACAGGUUCUGGUGCUCCGCUCUAACAGACUACAUGGUUCUAUAGGCAAUCCCACUGCGAUAUCUCCUUUCUCUAGUCUAAGAAUCAUUGAUCUCUCGCACAAUGAGUUCAUCGGCCUUCUGCCGACACAGUACAUUGCAAAUUUUCAAGCUAUGAAGAAAGUGGAUGGAGAAGUUAAAGCUACACCAAAGUAUAUAGGGGAAAUAUAUUAUCAGGAUUCUAUAGUUUUGACGAUGAAAGGGACAGAGAUUCCAAUGGAGAGAAUACUAACUAUCUUUACAACCAUUGACCUAUCAAGCAACCGAUUUGAAGGACAGAUUCCAAAGGAGGUUGGACUUCUUAGUUCACUCAUAGUCCUUAAUAUUUCAAGAAACAGCGUCACUGGUCAAAUACCAUCAUCACUUGGGAACCUGACAGCACUUGAAUCACUGGAUCUCUCAUCAAAUGGGCUUGGUGGAGGCAUUCCUUCACAAUUAACAAGGCUGACCUUCCUUGCAGUACUAAACCUCUCAUAUAAUCAGCUUGUAGGCCCUAUUCCUCAUGGCAGUCAAUUUGACACCUUUCAGAAUGAUUCAUAUGUUGGAAACUUGCGGUUGUGCGGAUUUCCGUUAUCUGUGAAAUGUAGUGGUGAUGUGGCACCACAACCCCCACCAUUCCAAGAGAAAGAAGAUCCUGCAAGCUUAUUCAAUUGGAAGUUUGCCAUGAUAGGUUAUGGAUGUGGGCUGGUGAUUGGAUUGUCCGUGGGAUAUAUUGUAUUCACGACAGGAAAGCCACAAUGGUUCGUAAGGAAGGUCGAGGUUGAACAAAAGAAAUGGUUAAGAAGACGGACAAAGAGGAAUAUAUAA